UUUAUUGAUAAGUUCGCGGUCGCACUGAAAGGCAGACGCCACUUUCAAAAAAAUUUACAAAUUCUGAUAGAUAAAAAUUGAAAUCUAAAUACAAUUCAAAUGCACGGCGAUGACAAUGGCCUCCAGACAGACAAUGUGCCUGGAAUUGCGCGAAUCGCAAUUGGCAAAACUGACAAAUAGUUUUGAGGAGAUACGCAUGCGGGCCCUGGAGCAGGUCGAGACGCGCUUCAUUCGCUGCCUGCUGCUUGACGAGAAAAUCAGCGUGAAGCCAGUGUUUAUGCUCAAGCAGUUAAUACGAUGGUUCGGCUGCAAGCCCCUCCUGGCCGCCGACCGUGUGCUGGCCAUUCUGCUGGAAUUGCUGCGCUCCGAGUACGCCGAGGAGGUGGUGAAGAAGAUACCACACGAGCGGCUCUCGGCCGAGUUGGACAAGAUCAAGAAGAUCGUACGGUCCCUGGAGUCCAGGCGAGCCAUGGAGUUGCUGGACGAUUUGCAGCAACUGCUGCCAGAUAUAUAUGACAUCCAUGUGCCCCCCACGCCGUCGCCCUCCUCCAUCAGUCAGACCGUCUCGACGAGUGAGACGGAGUGCAGCUUAAAAGAUCAGCUGGAGUCGAUAUUCCAGCCAGAGGACUUUGAACCGGCCUGGACAGAGCCGUGCAAGGAGGACGAGCUCACCAUGAAGACGAUGAUCGACAUGGAAGAUUCGGAGGCCGAAAUGAACGAAAAGCUCAUCAAUUUAACCAUCAAAAUGGGCGACUAUCCCAGCGAGUAUUUCCUGCAGGCGCCACACAUUUUCUUCAAGCUUGUAAAGAUUCAGCAAAGGGCAGACGCGAAUCAGCUCAAUGCGAAUCGUGUCCUCAUCAAAUAUCUGCUGCAGAUGCAGAGCAGCAUAGAGGUGAGAAGAGCCACACUUGGGUAUUCCUGCAACACCGACCCACCGGCCACGCGCCGUAAACAGCUGCGUGUGGACAGUGCCUUGGGCUUUCUGCUCAGCAGCUGCACCAUACUGUUGGAGCCGGUUCUGCUUCAAUUUACCAAGCAGAAUUGGCUGAUCCUGGAACUGAUUACGGAGGCUGUGCGCACCUACGGCGCUCUGCGUGCUCCCGUCUCAUAUUUAUUCAUAGAGCGACUAUCGGGUCUGAUCAAAAAGGUACAAAAAUUAUGCCACAGUGCAGCAGGCAAAGACGUCGCACAACUUGUGGAUAUGCUAGCGGUGCCCCGCUUGCAUUCGCUGAUCUGCAAUGGCCUGCUGCAUGAUUCCAUUGCGUUGAAUAUAGUCAAUGACAAAUCAAUGAUCGCAAAUCAAGCCAGACUACACCUUCUACCUGUCACGAUGGACAUCGCCUAUCUGAUGUGCAUGCCAGACCGCGAUCUAGCGAUAAAUAGUCAAUUGUGUGCUGUUUCAGCGCCCACAUUGUUGGAUAAGGAGCUGCGCCGGCUCCACUUGGGCUAUAGUAUGCUCAUCACUCAACUGAGGGCGACCAAUAAGACGUCAGCAGAGAACAUAGUCCUAGCACAGUGUUUCAUCUGCCUGGUGCUCGACCAGCUGGGUAGCAAGACGUUCGUGAAGGAGCUCUUUGACGCCGUUGUAAGAUGCAAUCAGCUGUAUGGCAAGAAUCCCAAAUUGCGUAUGCAUGCCGAGAUCUUGAUCGGCAAUCUGAUGAACCUUCCCGACCCAGAGCUGCGUGGCUACUUCUAUAACCUGAUGCGGCAUCACUGUGGCUUGUUCUUUCACGCAGUCGCCCAAAAGAGCGUCUAUCUGAGGGGCUGCACUAAUAUGGAGUUGAUACGUCAGCGUAUCUUUGGACUGCCGCUGGACACAAAGUUGCUGCGUCAAUUUGUUUUGCAGAGCUGGCAAGACGAUGCACCGGAGGAGACCCGAGCGUGGUGCUUGCAGUACCUGGACUUGCUAAUCAACCUGACCAAUACCCUGAAAGCAGACGACUUUCGUGGAAUGUACGAAUUCCUGCAGCCCGUGAUAAUUCCCCUGAUGAUCUGCCGUUCCGUUACGUGCAGUUCCCUGCACAACAAAUUAUGGCAGAUGGCCUGUCCGGACGAAGGAGAUGUGCUGCUUAAGCUGCGCACGAACGUCUGCUAUCUAUUCCAUCCCGAUACCCAGAUAAGAAUAGAGGCAGCGACUCGAAUUGCAUACAUCCUGCAGUACCAGGACAGGCGCGACAAGAAGCAGAAGAUGCCCAAGAAGAGAAUAAGCACUGAUUUCGGUUUGGUUCAACCACCACGGCUGUACCAAAGCAUCUUUCCGACGAGCACCGAUGAACCCUUUCAGGGGGAGCGCAGCUUGGACGCCCUGAUGCGGCUACUGGAGACCAAAGAUCUGAGGCCUGCCAUCAGAAAAUCGACCUUUACUCAGCUAAAUGUUUUGCUGCAGAACUGGAAGGCCUGCGGCUACUUUUUGAAAACAAAAAUGGCCCUAUUGAUGGUUAUGCAGAGUCUACACAUUGCCCUCGAACACAUAACGAGCGCCGAGCAUGUGGACAAUGUACUGCCAGCUCUCGGUGUGCUGAUCAAAAUCCAAUUUUACAACAAGGAGUUUCUGCAGGAGUCGGGGAGAGCCAACGAAAUGUAUCUAAUUAUGACGGAGCUCCUCUUUGAGACGACGCAAUAUCCGGAGUUGCGCGAGAACGUCCUCAUCUGCCUAUUCCAAAUGCUCUGCCACGAACAUAUGACGGCCAGCGAAACGAAACUCGUCUUGAAUGUGGAUUUGAGUUCGCUGAUUAUACCCAUAACCUAUGAACUGGACCUGACUGAACCGCCUUACGCCGUCCGGGAGGGACUGGAGCUGGAGCAUAUGCUUCAGCAGGCCCAUUUCGGUCAAGAUGCCGUAUGGGCUGCCCAGUAUUGGCGCCUAAAGGUGGCGAUUUCCAUAUGCGAUACCCCGGAGAACAUUACGCUGGAAGCCGUCCAGGCACUGGACAUCAGGGAAUCGCUGAAGCUGACUGCUCCGGAUCUAGCCCUGAUCCAAACAUCGCAGGUCGGACCGCAGCUGCGUCGCCAACUCACGGCAGCCAGCAACUGCAGCAGCCACGAGGAACUCAAGGAGAUUGUGGCAAGAAUCCAGACACAUCUGGUGCUGCUGCGCACUGCUGUACCCGAAGAUGCUGGAAUCAGUCUGUGGAACUUGAUGCACCGAUAUCUGCGCGUAGCACCGGCCAACGCAGCCGAUCGAGAGGUGUACAUGUCCGUGUCGGAGCUGUGCCUGAGCUGCAUGCGCUUCUGUGUGCCGCAUGUUUGGAACGGUCUCAAUCAGGCUCUGGAACUGGACCCACACCACAGUUUUCUGCUGCUACUGCACGAUCGCACCAUCGGCCUGGACAUGCUCCAAGCGAUCUGCCAGAUCUUUGUAGCUCUGCUCGGGACCCAGACCAAAAUACCCGCCAACAUGAGCUGGCACGUCAAGUUCUUUAUGCAGCUGAGUGCCGUGGCCAGGACUCACUUUGAGGUGCGUCAGCUGCUGCACGUGCGCUGCCUUCUCACAGUUCUCCAUCAUCUCAGCGAGCGGGACCUGCGGCUCAGCGAGCCCCAGCUGAUGUACUACAUACGACACUUUGUGCAGCUCUCCUCCGACCUGAUGAGCCCCACACAGACUGGAUCUCAGUGGCAGCGAGACUGUUUGCACAUUGCAUGCCAUCUGCACACACGGUGCAUGCCAACGGUGACUCCCACAACGGUUGCCACAGCCAACGACAAGGGCCACAUAGCCAACAAGAUAAUUGCGUAUCUGGUGGGACUGUGCGGGCACAGUGACGGACAAGUGCGCUCGCUGGCUUGGGUAUCGAUGGCCAAUGCGAUAUCCAAUAGUGGGCCCAGCGUGAACAAGGUCUUGGCGCCCAUGGACCAUCCGCCUGGUGGACUGAUUGAAUGCUGUCUGUCAACCAUGCUGCAUGUAGAGGAAAUAAUGCUGGUCAAAGAAAUGGCUGGCCGCCUGUUCGUAAUGCUGAUGCCGCAAAAGGAUACGGAGGAGAUCAUCGAAAUUCUGCGGCGUCAUGACUUCCUGGAAGAGGCGUAUUUCGCUUUGGGCUCACUGCAUGAUACACCCUUGCUGCAGAUGGACACACACGGAGAGCAGAGCUCCUGUGGACUGAUCGGCUGUUACAUAGCCAUCUGCUCGCUUCUGGUGACCCACAAGCCGUCUUGGUGCGCCCAGCUCUGUGGGCACAGAUUCAUGAACUGCCUCAGCGAUGUGAUUAAGACCUCCCUGCCAUCAAAGCCGUACAUGGAGGACUUCCUGGAGCUGUGCGCUGCCAUCAGUGAGCUCUACGCUCUGUGCUAUUCCACGAACUUUGAGUUCUUGCAGCGCAGCAUUUGUCGUGACUCCGCCCUGCUGCAGAGCUUCCUCACGCUGCUCAAUACUGCUAUAAAGGACACCAAAGAGCCCCAACGCUACUUGACGCGGUUCAUUAAGCUAUUUCUGGUUUUCUGCAAGGACACCAACGCAUAUGAGUUUUUGUUCGGGCAGCUCAACACUCACACCAAUGUGUUCAUCGAGAUCUUUCUGUAUGCCACGAAUCUGAAGCAAAUGGGAACACCUAUGCAGCGGCACACUCUCUCGGCUCUGACCAUGGUCUGCCUCAAGGCUCAAAAUGCACCUGAGAAUCUCAAUUUUGUGAAGAAAAUGGACAACUUCAACUUAAUGAUCAGUAUUAAUGCCAAAGAGGAUAUGGGUAAGAACGAGGAGAACAAUAUGAAUGCAUUGAAUAGCCAACAGAAGCCGAUGUCGAGUCGAGCUGAUGGCUCAAAUGUAGCCAGUUCUGUGGCGAUCCUCGUUCAGAAGUUGUACCGUCUCUUUGAUCAUUACUUCCCAGCCAAGACAUUCAACUUUUUGCAGCCUCCCGGAACGGGUCAUGUGCAGAUCGGUGAGGCGCUCGGUGCAUUGCUGAAGGUCUCGCCCAGUGCCAUUAAGGCCGCUCAGAAGCUUAAGCUGCUGGAUCGGGUUUUGGGCCUGCUCGACACCUUUGUCAGCGACGUGGACAUUGGCAACGCCAGCACUUAUGUGAAGCGUGUGGGCGCCCACAAGUCGCGUGAUAUACUGAACAAUCUUUUGGUGCUGCUCAACAUGCUGGUGCGGUGGCACAGCUCGCCUCAGUCUGCGAUCAACGAUGCCGCGGUGGCAGCCACAUUUGUGCGUCUGCAGAUCCGCAUUUGGCCCUGGCUAUCGCACUCUGCGCACCUCAAAUGUCUUUGCGUGCAGCUGGCCAUGUUCCUCACCGAGCACUCGCUCGAAAUGUGCAGGCACAGCUCCGUGGUGCUGUCCGGACAAUCCACAUCGCUGCUCCAGCUGAUGGUGCGGGUGGCUGACUACGAGACCACCAGGAAGGAGACCCCCAACACUGUGCCCCAUCAGUGUCUGGUGCCUGCCUUGCGUGUGAUGAUCAACUGCUGUGCCUGCGGCGAGGCUCGUCUCAGUCUCUCCAAGAUGCAUGUGCUGGACAUUUUUGACACGAUUCUGCCCGCCACCGUAAGCGCUGCGCAUGCCUCCAAGGUCAGUCCUGCAGCUCUGAUCGCCUGGCUUGGCUUCUGGGAGGUCUACUCGCGCUAUGAUGUUGGUUCCAAGAUCUGCCACUUGCAUGGUCUCAUCACUGCCAUCCAGCGCAUGCCACCGCUCAGCCAGGGCCGGAUUCUCUGCCUUCGCAUCCUACGCAACAUGAGCUUCUCGCAGGGAAAUCGCCUGUCACUGGUGGGCAACGCUGACUUUAUGUCUAUGCUGAGCGCCGUUGUCUCCCAACCAGUGAAAGAUGUGGGCGGCGACGGGGACGGUGACGGCAGCCUAGAAUCCUAUGAAGAGCACAGCUUGGUGGUGCUGAUUCUGUGGAAGCUCUACUGCUUCGUAGCCAAGUACCAGGCCAUUCUGCGCGGCACCAAAUUGAUGAAGAAGCUGUCCGGCCUCCAAGAGAGACUGAGCGUCGUUAAAGAUGAGCGUCCCGAAUUGUUUCAACAGCUCUCCCACGCACCAGAGCUCGAGGAAUUGUUGGGAAAAGUAAUUGACUGUAUGGAGAAGUAGCCCGGGGAAUGUCCAACCAGUAACUGGAUAAAGUACAAAACCCAUGACAUGUUAUCUGCAUUUUAAGUUUCAUAAAUAAGAAAAACAUAUUUGCCAU